CCUCUCAUCGUCGUCCAUACUUCAUCACAUCCUCUCUGCCUUUUUUCUGCCUUUCUCUCGUUCUCGUCAUCGUUGUCUGGUGCUCUCGUGGCACCAACAGAGCAUCUUCCGGACCCUCAGCCCCAUUCCUCGAGGUUUGCUCAAGUCUUCUCGCCUUGCCUCCUUCAUCACUUCAUCGACUAGUCCUCUCUCCUCCUCAUGCUCGGAUUCGAUUCCACUCCGCGCUCCGUCUCCUUAGACUGGUCCUACUUCGGCGGCGCGGAAGAGCUGCCCCCAUGGCUGCGAAAGGUGGCCAAGCGUACCGUCGCAGCUAUCGCCUCACCUCAUCAGCAGUCCACCAGCUCCGAUCAAAGCGAGGCCGGUUCUUCUUCGCUUGACUCCUCUUCUUUCUCAGGCAGCACUCUAGCCUCCGAUGACGAACAGGACGAGGUCAACGACCUUCUCUCAUCGUCAGACGCUGCGUCCUCCUCCUCCUCUUUGCGAGCAUCGCCCGCAUCCCUAGCUCAUCCUACACUAGAUGGCACUCCUUGGCUCCCAAAGGUACUUGCUCAAGAUCCUUCGCAGGACCAGAAUGACUUCCUGUGGCUUCUCACCGAAGAGCCACACCGCUCAAGACGGCAGGCGAUUAUGAAGGCCCACCCCGAGGUCAAGACGCUCAUGGGACGGGAACCUUUGACCAAGUGGAUCUCCCUGGGCGUGGUGCUGGUGCAGCUUGCAACGGCUUACGCUACAUGGAAGCUCGAGUGGCAUCCCUUGAGCUGGAGAUUCCUUGCUGCUGCAUACGCGAUUGGCGGUACCGCCAAUCAGAACAUUUUCCUUGCCAUUCACGAGAUCACACAUAAUCUCGCCUUCAGGGGGAUCAAGGCCAACAAGUUGUGGGCUAUCCUGGUCAACUCAGUCAUUGGCGUUCCCUACGCCAUGAUGUUCAAGCAGUACCACAUCGAGCAUCACAAGUAUCUGGGAGAAGACGGUGUCGACACCGAUCUACCUACCCGCCUCGAGCUGAUGUGCCUGAAGAAUGUCCUCGGCAAGGCCUUCUUUGCUACCUUCCAAAUCUUCUUCUAUGCCUUCCGCCCUGGUUUCAUCAAGACGCAACGCCUGACCGUCUGGCAUCUACUCAACAUCUCUUACCAGAUCCUUUUCAAUGCAGCUCUUGUCUACUACUUCUCCUCCUGGACACCCCUCCUAUACCUCGUCUUCUCCUCCUUCUUCGCUGGCUCUCUCCACCCCUGUGCAGCGCACUUCAUCGCAGAGCACUACCUCUUCGGCGGAAUCGCACAGGAGACGUGGUCCUACUAUGGUCCGCUGAACAUUCUGGCUUACAAUGUAGGCUACCAUAACGAGCAUCACGACUUUCCCUCUAUCCCCUGGACGCGCCUGCCUGCUCUGAGAGCCAUGGCACCAGAGUUCUACGACUGCCUGCCCUGUCAUACCAGCUGGCCUAUGGUGACGGUGCAAUUCAUCCUUGGCACGGACUCGGGUCUCUUCGCUAGGAUCAAGCGGGUGGGCAAGGGUGUGGCGAGGGAAAUGGGAGAAGAGGACAAGGGCGAUGUGCAAGGUCACGAGCUCAAGGAGAAGACGCAGUAGGCAUAGGGAUGAGAGACUCUAUUCCUUCCCUUGCUCCUUCUCACGGAAAGUCACUACUUGUCACGUAUCGGGGUCGCAUUGUUGGCAUGUGUCAAUGUGCUCGCGAUUUAUGUAUAUAAUGAAAACGAAAACGAAACCAAUGCAGCCUGCCGUGCC